CCCCGCCCCCGCCAUGGCCGCCGCCCGCCGGCGGUGCCGCUAGUGGCCGCCGGGCUACGGGUUUCGGCGGCUCCUCUCCGGCUGCUGGGCGCCCGGUCCCGGCCGCAUGGGCCUCCUCCGAGGCGGGGCUCCGUGCGCGCGGGCCAUGGCGCGCCUGGGCGCCGUGCGCUCCCAUCACUGCGCGCUGCUGCUGGCCGCGGCGCUCGCCGUCUGCGCCUUCUACUACCUUGGCUCCGGCCGCGAGACCUUCUCCAGCGCCACCAAGAGGCUGAAGGAGGCCCGCGCCGGGGCCCCCGCGGCGGCGCCCUCCCCGCCGGGGCCGGUGCCGGAGCAGGCGCGGGGGUCCGCGGCGCCCGCCCUGGGGGCCAAGGCCAAGAGCCUGGACGGCGGCGGCGGGGCCGGGCCGGUGGACUACCACCUGCUGAUGAUGUUCACCAAGGCGGAGCACAACGCCGCGCUGCAGGCCAAGGCCCGCGUCGCGCUGCGCUCCCUGCUGCGCCUGGCCAAGUUCGAGGCUCACGAGGUGCUGAACCUGCACUUCGUGAGCGAGGAGGCCAGCCGCGAGGUGGCCAAGGCCCUGCUGCGGGAGCUGCUGCCGCCCGCCGCCGGCUUCAAGUGCAAGGUCGUCUUCCACGACGUCGCCGUGCUGACGGACAAGCUCUUCCCCAUCGUGGAGGCCAUGCAGAAGCACUUCAGCGCUGGCUCCGGGACCUACUACAGCGACUCCAUCUUCUUCCUCUCGGUCGCCAUGCAUCAGAUCAUGCCCAAAGCCCUAAGUCCCUUCCAAGCAGCGCCACCCAGACCAUGUCUGCAGAGAGGGCGCUGCACGCUGGCUCUGCUUUGGUCAGCGCUUGCUUUUCUUUCCGUCGCUUGUUGGAAGGGUCACGUGUGGCCGGCUGGUCCUGCGGCUCACACGUGCCCAUCCCUGUGUCCUUCACAGACACGCAGCCACUCUCGGCUCCUCACUCACACCCACAGGCUUUUAUCUCCUCCUGCCGCUGGUGUUAGUUUGUCACCGUUGGAAGCAUCUUACGCAAUGGAAAAGAAAACAUUUUUGCCCAACUGGAGCCGGAGCGAGUGAACAGCAGCUCCGCAGGGACUGCAGCUUCCCUCCCCUGUGUGCACGGCUCCGAGGAGCUGGCUCUGGAUUACUGACACGGCCAUCAAAACAGCCCUUAUCAAGACGGAGCCACGGUGCCUGGCAUACAAUUGUGACGGGUUUUCCCUGGGCAGGGAGGCAGGGAGGGCAGGGGGGGCAGGGGCCCGGACAGUCGGCAGUGUGUAAAGCUUACCAGAAGCCCCUGGAGACGCUCCUGUAGGCUCCCUUUUGCCCACAGACAUCCUCAGCCAGGCGUCUGGUGUCUGUGUAACAUGGUGCUGGCCAUUCUGGUAUCUCAGGGAUGCCUGCUGGGUUGCUGCUUCAUGGACUCAAGGUGGGGGGGUGUGUGGCAUGGUCUAGCAGUUAGGCAGGGUGUCAUGAAGGUCCCAAGAGAAGCCACACAAUGCUGAGGGUUUCAGAAGAGGAUGAGUUACAGGCAUUUGGCAAGAAGGAGGAGGGCUUUGUGGAGGAGGUGACACUGGAGCUUUGGAGGGUGGGUAAAGUUGCGUUGUGUGCAGUUGGGCAGUUGGGAAGUGUGUGUCUGUUUGGGAAAUAGCAGACGGAGGAGGGCACAUGCUGGGAAGCAGUGGGAGAGAAGAUGGUCAGGGAGGUUAGCAUGUACUGUGCAAGCCUGGAUGCCAGGCUGAGGGCCACCGGCAGACCCAGGAGACAAGGCAUUUUGGGCAGGGAGGAACCUGACCAGAUCCAUGCUUUAGGAGAGUGAUGUGUCUGAGAGAGGGAGUGGAUCUCAGGGGAGAUGUUGGGGUCCAGCGGCAAACCUUUUUUGAAAGUCUGCUGAGGCAGGAAUUAUGGACAGGCUGUCUCCCUGGCCUCAAUCAGCAGCUAAUCUUGUAUGUGUGUGCAUACAUGCUUAUGUGUACCAAGCAUGAACACAUACAGAAAGUGAGCUUUAGUGUCUGCUGAGACCUGGCAGGCAUGCCCAGCUCUUGCACAGCCUCCCUUUUCAUGAGAGUGCAGGGACCACAGAGGUCAUUACGCUGGCUGCCAAGGAACGGUUAUGAACUAGCUUGUAGCUUUUAGCAACUCUGUGGGUUCAGAAAAGAGGAAAUGAAAUUGUGAGAGUGGGCAGAGCUACAAUUAUGUGUCAUAAACUCCUGUAAAACCGAAUGCAAAUAAUCCUACCAUGGAA